AGGCGCGGGCGGCGCGCGCGUGUAGCGGCAGUCCGCGCGGCGCGCUCGCCUCACCACCACGAUGCGGGACGCGUCCCCCCCGGCCCCGCCGCCCCGCAGCCCCGCGCCCUCCCGCCUGCGCCGCACGCUGCACACGCUCCGCUCGCCGUUCCGCUCCGGCUCGCCCUUCCACAUAGCGUCGAUCAAGCGCUCCGGCUCGACUAAGUCUUCCGCCUCAGACGGCGACUCCGCGCGCGACGAGAACACCAUGCGUAAGAAAAACAAAAAACAACGCGCUGAGCCCGACGCGAGCGGCGCCGCCACCGCCGCCGCCGCCGCCGCGGGCAGCGUGCCGCGCAGCGCCGACCACUCCCCGCGCGAGGGGAAGAAGAAGGAGGGCUUCGUGCGCCGCCUGGGCAGCAUGACGCGCCGCAAGGACAGCCCGUCGUCCACGCCGCCGCCCGAGCCGGGCCCCAGCCGCGCCGCCGCGCCCGCGCCCGAGACCACGCCGUCCCCCGAGCCCGCGCCGGCCCCAGCCCCGGCCCCCACCCCCGCCCCCGACCCGGCCCCGGCCCCGGCCCCGGAGCCCACUCCGCCCGCCAACAUAGAAAUCCCGAAGCCGCUGGGCCCGCUGAAGGGCCCCGAGUCCCCGACCAGCCCCAUCGCCGUGGAGCACCCGGUGGCCACGCGCCCCUUCACCAAGGCGGCGUGGAAGCGCAAGAGCUCCGAGGUCGAGAUGGAGAAGCCGGUGGAGGAGCCGAGCCCCGAGAAUGCACUGCGCCGGCGCAUCGCGUUCGUGACGCAAGCGUCGGCGUGCUUCUCGGAGGACCACGACGACGGGGAGGGGGAGGGCUCGCCGCCGGGCGCGGGCGGCGAGGUGGGCUCGCUGCAGGAGGCCGUGGCGCUGGCGCGGGUGCGGCUGGCGGCUCACUCGCCCUCGUCGCAGCAGUCGCAGCAGUCGGCGCCGGGAGACACGGACGACACGGAGGAGGAGGGGUUCGCGGACGCGAUGCCGCCCGCGCCCUACGGCGCGCUCAUGGAGGCGGAGGGCGCGGCCGCGGCGCCGAGCGAGAGCCAAGCGGCGCCCAGCGGCGAGCGUCGGGAGCACCUGUACAAGAUCCUGGUCAUCGGCGAGCUGGGCACCGGCAAGACCUCCAUCAUCAAGCGAUAUGUGCACCAGUUCUUCAGCCAACACUACCGUGCCACUAUAGGAGUGGACUUCGCGCUUAAAGUGCUCAAUUGGGAUGCUAACACGAUUAUACGGCUGCAGCUAUGGGAUAUUGCUGGCCAGGAGCGGUUCGGCAACAUGACCCGCGUGUACUACAAGGAGGCGGUGGGCGCGUUCAUCGUAUUCGACGUCUCCCGCCAGGCCACCUUCGACGCCGUGGUCAAGUGGAAGAACGACCUGGAUGGGAAGGUGCAGCUGCCCGACGGCUCGCCUAUUCCGUGCAUAUUGUUGGCUAAUAAGUGUGACCAACAAAAAGAAGGCAUAGUCAACCAGCCAGCCAAGAUGGACGAGUAUUGCAAAGAAAAGGGAUUCGCGGGGUGGUUUGAGACUUCGGCCAAAGAGAAUAUCAACAUCGAAGAAGCUGCACGUUCAUUAGUUAAUAAGAUCCUUCUCAACGAUAAACUCCUUCAAAGUAAUGAUGGCAAGGAUGGAGAGAAAUUCUCAUUGGACCACAAGAUAGCCAAUGGCGAGAACAGCAGAGCCAACGGCAGCAAGUCCUGCGCGUGCUGACCAAUCACAGUUCGCCAUUACACGAUGGCCCAAUAAGAAUUUGACGAUCCUCAUAGUGAUUUCCCUCCAAAAAGGUUUUGUUUUUAAUUCAAAUGAGGUCUGCGUGCAGAUGCAUUCUAUCGUGCCUUUUUAUGGACCAAUUUUAUCUGAUUCUGAAUUUAAAAUGUAUGCAUACUCUCUAUUUUGUAACAAUGAUUCAGUAUCUUGUUUAGGAGAAUGAAUUGGUAUUAUUUGAGUGGUUAAUUCUGUCUACUUUUUCUUUAACAUGUAGGUAAGGUAAAUGCCAUAUAAUGCCAUUUACGGCGAGUCAUAAUUAUACUCUAAUUAUUUGAAUAAUAGGUAAUAAAAUAUGUAAAAAAUAUUCUAGUACGUACUAUUAAGUAUUACUUACUUGCUAAGUAAUUGUAACGAGUGUACUAUGUGAAUGUGGAAUUGUUUAUUUUGUUAAUAAAAUAAAUCUAAUAUUAUUAUGACUUAA